AGAAUCUGCCUAGUUAUGGCACCCUCAGGAAGAAAACAUGUAGGGAAAUCUGGGAAGCCAGCAAUGGAAGCUCAAGGGAGCCGAGCUUAUGACUUUGAUAAAGAAGACAAGAAAGAUCUAAGUGGUUCUGAGGAAGAUGCUAGGGAAGGAGAAACUUCAGUAGUUGAAAAGCAUGGGAAAAAAAGACCUUCUACAGUUAUUAAUCAUGGAGCAGUUGAAGAAGAUAUGGGGGGUGAAGUACAGAAUAUGUUGGAAAGAUUUGGAGCUGAUAUUAACAAGGCUCUUCUUGCAAAGAGGAAAAGAUUGGAAAUGUAUACUAAGGCUUCUCUUAAAACUAGUAAUCAGAAAAUUGAGCAUGUUUGGAAAACACAACAAGAACAGAGGCAGAAACUCAACCAUGAAUAUUCUCAACAGUUCCUGACAUUAUUUCAGCAGUGGGAUGUGGAUGUUCAGAAAGCUGAGGAACAGGAAGAGAAACUAGCUAAUAUGUUUCGACAACAACAAAAGGUUUUUCAGCAAGCCAGAAUAGUUCAGAGCCAGAGACUGAAAACAAUCAAACAGCUGUAUGAACAGUUCUUAAAGGUCUGGUAUGUGCAGUCUCGCGCUGCUGCUGUUCAUGUGGUGCCACUGAAUUGCCGUUCCAAACACGUGAGCACUAUGAGCACUGCCGCGGGUAACCAUCACUUGUGCGAUUGGUCAAUCGCAAGGCCAAAGCAUGGAAUGGCAGCAGGAGUUCUGGCUACUGGCAGCACUACCAGUAGAUUUUGGAGCAUGCUAUGA